AUGAAAGUCUAUACAGGUGAUUUCAGCACUAAAGUUGAAGAUUAUGAAACUGUUAGAACAAUCAUGAUAAAUGAAGCAGAAAAGCAGUUCAAUGUCAACCUUAUUAACACAGCUUACAUCCCGAAUUUCCAUACAAAUAUCAUCACAGAUAAUACAAUCUUUGCACAUGUUGAAUUCAUAUUACACACUUCUAACAUCACUAUAUCUGAAAAAAUGAUAUCUUCAAAUUCUACAACUUCUACAAAUUCUUCUUCUUCUAAUCUGCUAAUAUACACUUCAAUAAAUUAUUCUUCUAACAAGUUAAUAUGCACAAAACCUUCUCAAAAACCUAAGAUCUCUAUAGCUACACAGUCUACAUGGUAUAAGAGAUUAGAACAUUCUUCAAAAAACGCCAUUAUAAAACUUGUAAAUGAUACAACUAGCAUUCAAAUCACUUAUCUAGAAGCCGCUGCAGAUGAGCUUAUCACUGAGCUUUGCAACCUCUAUCAGCUAUCUAAUGCGGAAAAUCAAAUAUCUAGACGUUCUCAUGUUAGAUCUUAUACACUGUAUUCAACACCUGAACCUACAUCAGAGUCAGCAGGCUCUAAUGUUAAUACAGGUUCUAAUGUUGAUACAGGUCUCAAUAUUGAUAUUAAUACUCAACCAGCUGCGAUAGCUAAUUGUACUCAGAACACUGAUGUUGAUAUUAAUACUUAUUCAGCUGUAAUAGAUAAUCGCCCCGAUGGCCGAAUAGUUAAUGCGGCCACCCGGUAG